AUGGCCGCACCGCAUAUUCCAAACUUAAGCACACUCCGCAGAGGACGUGGUCGAGGCCGUGGAGGCCUCCGCGGAGUCGAGGAUAGUCAUGGUACACGCACAAGCGGCAAGGACCGUGUUGUGCAGGGCACCGAUAAUGACGCCAGUGUCUCCCGCCUGAGCGCCGUCGAGCUGGGCUAUUUGGGCGACCCGUUUGCGAAAGCCUUGACGGCGCCUGAGAAUGCAACAAGGAGACUACCAAUCAUCAAUCGAGGAACGUACGUUCGCACCACCGCUAUCGAUCAACUCGUCGACCGUUUCCUGGGUUCACCUUCGCAGGACGGCACGACACAAAGAAAACAGAUCAUUUCACUUGGUGCGGGCUCAGAUACCCGUGUCCUUCGCCUGUUCAGUUCGCGCCAGCCUUCCAAUCUCAUCUACCAUGAACUCGAUUUCGCUGUCAACACCACUGCAAAGAUCCGCGCGAUUCGAACCACACCCCUCCUCCAACGAGCAUUAGGUAUCGAGUCUUCUAGUAACGAUGUUAUCGUAUCGGAAGCUGGCGAUGCUCUCCAUACAAGCUCCUACCAUCUAUACCCCCUCGAUCUACGCUCCCUGUCAUCGAGUAGUUCUCCGUCAGAGCUACUUCCACAUGUUGAUAUCACCCUACCCACGCUUCUGAUCUCAGAAUGCUGUCUCAUAUACUUAUCGCCAACGGAGGCGACAGAGGUAGUCUCAUUCUUCACUGAACGUCUCCUUGGUCCGCAAACCGCUCCGCUUGGAUUGGUGCUAUACGAACCGAUCCGACCAAACGACGCCUUUGGUCGAACGAUGGUAUCGAAUCUUGCAACGCGAGGUAUUCAACUUCAGACUCUACAUAAAUACGCUACUUUGGAGGCACAGCGGGAACGACUGCGCGGACAAGGAUUUACUAGCGGUCAAGCGGUCGCUGAUAUCGAGUUCAUUUGGAAUCGUUGGGUAGACGAAGAAGAGAAAGAGCGAGUCUCUCGUCUUGAGAUGCUGGAUGAGAUGGAAGAAUGGCAGCUUUUGGCAAGUCAUUAUUGCAUUGCAUGGGGAUGGAGGGAAGGGGAUGAUACUGCGGCUUUCAGUGGGUGGACCACGCUGCCGGCUCAGCCUGGUGAAUGA